CGUUCAGUUAUUAUAAACCAUGAAGGCCGGUUUCUGAUCUUAUCGUUUACGAGUUAGGGCUAGGGUUUCUUUCUAGGUUGAUUAUUGUCCCGACGCUUGCUUCUUGGGAGAUGGAGGAGGUUACUGAGGCGGCCAACAACCUGAGCAUCAACGACUCACAUAAGAAGAAUCGGAUCCAGGUUUCGAACACCAAGAAGCCCCUUUUCUUCUACGUCAACCUGGCCAAGAGGUACAUGCAACAACACAACGAAGUUGAGCUUUCUGCUUUGGGAAUGGCCAUUGCCACUGUUGUCACGAUUGCAGAGAUCCUGAAGAACAAUGGGCUUGCCCUUGAGAAGAGGAUCAUUACAUCCACUGUGGACAUCAAGGAUGAGUCAAGGGGUCGGCCCAUUCAGAAAGCAAAGAUUGAGAUUUUGCUGGUAAAGAGUGAAAAGUUCGAUGAACUGAUGGCUGCUACUGCUGAGGAGAGGGAUGAUGGCGAAGUGGACGAGCAGAACUAAACUAUCGUUUUGCUUUUUUUAUUUAUUUUCCUGCGCUUGGUAGUGUUGUGUUUUUGUAUGUGAAUCUUUAUUGCUGUGGUUUUUUUGUUUCUUUUUUUUUGGGGGGGUGAAAAAUGUGCUGUGAUGUGCUUUGAUCCAAGCUUGCUCCAUUUGUAGUAUGUUUUUUGUUCCAAUGUUUAUUGAUUUGAUUUGAGCCCA